AUGCACAUUCAAUGCAAGAUAAUCAACGAUAUUCCUUUCUUGAUGCCAGGCCCAUCAGAUGCCCCAGCAGGAGCAGGGGCGGGUCCUUCGGCACCUCCCCGAGCAGCAAGGGGAGCGGGACGAGGGACUCCAGCGCACAGCCGAAGCAGAGCUAGGUGUGCUCACACUGGGAGUAGUUCGCGAGAGCCUGCCCCAGACGAUGAUGAGUCUGACGAGGAGGCAGUGAGCCCACAGUCAGAGUCAUCUCAGGAUGAAGAUGAGGCUAGAGAUGGUUCGGGUUCAGACUCAGGUAGCGGAGCUGACGGUGGAAGUUUUGGGCCUUCGUCGAGGAAGAGGACGAGGAUGGCUUCCCACUCUUGA